UCAGAUCUGCAGUGGGGCCCCCUGGUGGUUCAAGUGCCGUAUGCAACUUGCGUACUUUGCAUAUAGACCUGAUGGCACUGAAAGAGGAGAGUCAAGAACUGAAUGAAACAGAAGAGAAAGAUCAAAAUGAGAAACAUCAUGAUUUCAAAACUGAAGAAAAAUCAGUUAGUUGUUCACAGAUUGAAAAGACUUACUCACCAAAAAAAGCUCAAAAAACACAAACUACAAAUCUUAAAUCUAUUAUGAGAACUGACACUGAAGAGAGACCUUUCACCUGCCCUCAGUGUAGAAAGACUUUCACGCGUAACGAAAACCUGAAGAUUCACAUUAGAGUUCACACCGGAGAGAGACCGUUCAAAUGUGGUCAGUGUGGAAAGAGUUUCAGUAAAAAGGCAACCCUUAAAGCCCACAUGAGAAUUCACACUGGAGAGAAGCCUUUCACCUGCAAACUGUGUGGAAAGAGUUUCAGUAAAAAGGCAACCCUUAAAGCCCACGUGAGAAUUCACACUGGAGAGAAGCCGUACACCUGCAAACUGUGUGGAAAGAGUUUCACGCUUAAAGGAAACCUAAACACUCACAUGCGGAUUCACACUGGACAGAAUCCAUUCACAUGUGAUCAGUGUGGGAAGAGUUUCAGAUAUAAUGUAAACCUUAAUUAUCACAUGAGAAUUCAUUCAAGAGAGGACCGUUUUAAAUGUAAUCAGUGUGAAAGUUUCACAGAGAGGGAACAUCUUAAGAAACAUGUUAAAAUUCACAUUGGAAAAAAGUCUUUCAUGUGUCAUCUCUGUGGGAAGAGUUGCUCAACCGGAGGAAACCUCAAGACUCACUUGAGAAUUCACACUGGAGAGAAACCUUUCACCUGCGAACAGUGUGGAAAGAGUUUCAGUCAGAAAAUAACCCUUCAGCUUCACAUGAGAGUUCACACUGGAGAGAAACCUUACAGGUGUCUUCAGUGUGAGAAGAGUUUCACAAGUCAAAAAAAACUGAAAGGUCAUUUGUCAACUCCUUCUGGGAAGAAAUUGCCAUUUUCCUCAGAGUGA